AAACAGCGCCGAGAUAACGGUAAUUAUACAGUUUUGUUAGUUAACAAGGUAGCAGAUGUGAUUUGAUCAAGUUUACCAUCUCCUCGAGUAACACAAUAUCCAAGGGAAACAACUCUCAUCAGCCGUUUUGAUUGGCUAAACGCUAGUCUAUUUUGAUGAGCCGCCAUAUUUCAAAGGGUUGUUGUGAAUAGGGAUUCAUGAGUAUUCGAUCUUUGCGAGGAGUUUGAGAAAAUAAUUUACAAGAUAACACAGGAUUUCCUACUUUUCAACACACGCAAGAGAUAAUGGGAGACGAAAAUGUAUUUAGGAUUCCAGAGAUGAUAAAGGGAAAGAGUAGUUCUAGGAGAAAUUCAAUAUCAGCAGUUUUUGAUUUGCCUGUGUUUCGCAAACGGAAGAGGAUAAAAGGUGAUGGUGAUGAUGUUAGCAUUGGAAGUAUUCAGAGUCUUGACACUGCAGGGAUGAAGAAAAAAUCUAAGAGAUCACUCUUACGAGUUUCAUCUUUAGUCAACCUGCUUUCUCCAAGUAACAAGCGACCAUCAAGUUUCAAAGUGCCUAACACACCAUGUCUGCGCCAGAACCUGUCCCCGUACAAAGCUCCAACACCGUCUCCGGCCAAGAGACGUCUCACCCGCACGUGGAGCGAUAUGAUGGCUACCGGCGGGACGUUUCCCAGUCUCAACAGCAAGGACCUCAAGAGACAAGAAGCCAUCUUCGAAUUGUAUCAAGGGGAAGUAGACCUAAUUGAAGAUUUAAAUAAUGUCCAAAAUACAUAUCACAACUCCAUGAGGAAGCUACAACUCAUGUCGGAAGGGGAGCUAAUGCAGAUUUUUGGGCCAAUCAGCUCAUUGAUACCAGUACAUGAAGAUCUAGUUUUACAACUGCAAUUCCAAAGGCAGCCAGAUGGAACAACUCACGGUAUUGGGAGGCAAGUCUUGGAGUGGAUUCCAAAGCUGGAAGACUACGUCUCGUUUUGUGCAAACCAGGUGUUUGGAAAAGCCUUGCUGGAUGAGAAGAAAUGUGACCCAGCUGUUGAUGACUUUUUGGAGCGUUGCCAAGAAUCUCCCUUCAGCAGAAAACUCGACUUGUGGAGUCUCUUGGAUGGUGCACGAGGACGGUUUGUGAAGUACCCACUGUUAAUCAAGAACAUCUUGAAAUAUACAAGUAAAACUCAUGAGGAUGCAGCUUAUUUAGAAGAAGCUAUCCUAGUUGCAGAGCAUCUUGUAGCCCAGGCGGACAAGAGAACUGGAGAAGCAAAAUGUCGAUACUACCGAGCAAGAAUAACAUUCCUGUAUGAUGAUCAGAAUCAUGAUGACUUGGAUGAUUCCACAAGUCUCAUUUGUAGUGGUGUUCUGAAGAACAACAAAGGAAGUAAGCUGCAUGUGUUUCUGUUCGACAAGAUUGUUGUGGUGACGCGGCUGUCCAGUCAUAACGGGAAUCGCAGCUACCAGGUGUAUCGACAACCCAUCCCAGUCAGUGAGCUCGUUGCCGAGGACCUCUUAGAUGCCGAAAUCAAAAUGGGAUCAUUCAGAAACGCUUUCAGUCAGUCACAAACAAGCAAAAAUGUGUUCAGGGUAUCGUUCAAGGACUCCAUCAAGGGCCAGGCGCACACCUUGAUAGCCAACGAUGAGCACGACAAGCGACAGUGGCUGCAGUGUUUACGUCAGGUCACAGAGGUCAUUCCCGUGGUGUCACACUCACACUCGGACAAGAGAGCUGCGUGAUAGCUGUCCAUGCUUGACGACCAUCGCAGUCCAAUCACUAGCAGUGGUCACCUGACGGUCGGUGGUUGUCACCAAUACAAGUAUCUGUGUAGUUCAGUCUCCUUCAGCAUUAUUAUAGUCCAACGAAAUAGACAGUGUGCAAUCAGUGGCCAAGCAUUUAUCCAUUGUCACACGAACUGCCUGUAGUGAAGUCUUUACCUCUUUGAUGUAUCCAUAGACAAUGCAAGUAGUCACUUCUGUCCCAGUAGGAUUGUGAUUUAGACGGGUGGCGAAACAUACACUGGAGGUACUAUGCUAUAUAUUUGAUAACUAGUAACCAGUGUUUGUGUUAUUCAAGUGAUACAAAACUGAAAAGCAGUUGUUAUUGGAGGUGGACAGUUCUCCGGUACUUACAUGUGCAAAGUGACCUACAACUUGCAGCUAUCUGAAACACUGUGUCUUCUGUGUUGAUCAUUAUGUAAAACAUUUUCUGUAACUGCAUCGACAUGGGCAGUAAUUGCGGGUUAGUGUGUCUGACCUGUGACACCAUUGAAUUUUAAUAGUGCUUGAUGAUGUGUUGGGUGAAACUGUCUUCGAAAAUAGUUAAAACCAUAUCAAAAACACAAUUUAUAUUCAUAUGUAGUCCAAUUUGAUUUACUUCCCUUAUCAUCAGUAUUUAGUUUAGAUUUUAUCAUGCUUUCAGAAGCAGAAGUAAAUAAACAAACACUGCAACCUCUACAGUGGAGUUAACUUUUAGCUCUAUAAUUUAUCUCUGCAUUUUUCACCAUGUAGACACUAAACUCUGGUUAAAAAAUCUUGUGUAAAUUAGCCGUAAGAGAUUGCAACAAAGAAUGUGUUUAUUAUUUUUACGUUGUUGCUUAUUUUACAUUGGAUAUCAAUGUAUACUUGUUGUUGGAAGGAACACUCCCAACAUGUAGAAUGAAGUUAGCAGGUAAUUCUUGGUUUAUCAGUACAACAUUAGAUACCAUAAAAACCACAGAUGUAGGAGUUUUUAAAUAGAGGAUAAUAAACGAGUUACCAGUUAUCAAAUUUUGUCCUGAGUGAAAAUUAUUUCAUGAGGGACAUAAAUUUGAUAAUAACUGG